AUGGACGACGAUCUUAUUGAUGUGCUUAUUGUUCUCGGUGUGUUGGGACUUGGACUUAUAGGACUUCUGAUCUUAUUGGCAAUUAAUGUUAAACGGGUUCGUAAUUACCUGCUGUGUUGCAGAAAGGAAAAGGAUGUACCUAUAAAGCCGAAAAGAGCAACAAUUAAGGUAGUUCGAAAAGCCAAUACAAUUACUGUCGAAGAAGCCAGAAGUAAAGCAUCAAGAACUCCGGCUGCCAGAAUCUUCUCUUCACCGCUGCCACGACCUGAGCAAUUACCGAGUCCUAUGAAAGCCAAGGAGCUUAUUUAUAUAGUUCCACGUACUCCUACCUAUCGGGCAUUUGACAAUCUAUCUAGCUUACUGCCUGAGGGAACUUUUUAUCUUGGCCUUAUUCGAAAAGAAUACAAGGCGGAAAUCGCUGCAAGUACUAGUCCAGCGUAUAUGAGCAGCUCAACUACGAGCUCAUACCUACCAAGUCAAAUUCCACCCUUAACGAAACGUCGAUGUUCUGCAUGA